GCCCAAAAAGCAAUAUCGAUUCAUCGGGACAAUCUUUGGAAAAACCAUAGCAACUUAAACAUUAUAAGCGUUAGUCCUGUGAUAUACCGGAACAAUGGUGCAGACAUCAUCAAUAAAACAUGUAUCGUACUACAAUGUAGUACAAAAGGUGUAGUACCACUGGGAGAACCUGAGUUCCCAACGCAGUUAUACAUAGGAGAGGACGAUUCGAUAGAUGUUGAUGUGCAUGAAGGCUAUUUCAAACGUGGUGGAUAUAGUUCACUUCCAAGUAUUGUCUACCAUACCAGUCUCAAAAUGGGUUGUAAUAUUGGACGACUCACCCCAGAGUAUGAUACACAGGGAAAUCUCCUCCAAAAUCUUGGUGGCACACAAGGUCCAUUUGUUGAGUUCAAUAACAAGAUUGGCUUUUUUACUUGCGCUCACGUACUGUUUGAUAUUCCUAUGACAACACAAUCUGUGGAUUUCCAACAUCAUGGGAACACUAAAAUUGAAGUCGUACAACCUUCCAUUGAUGCAACAACGUCCAAUGGUGUAGCAUGUGGACAUGUUUUCAGAGCAAUUUUUAAUCCACAACUGGAUCCAAGCAUUGAUGUCGCUGUCGUUGAAUUGACUGACUUAAAUAGGGUCCCCAGAAAAGGCCAAUUCUCCAACGCUAACCGCAGUAGCUAUACAGAUGCAGGGUUCGACGAACUUCCCGAGUACAACAGUGGAUCCAUUCAGAUUGAUUUGAAACAUUUCUGUACAACGCAUACAGUGUUCAAAUUUGGCAGCUCCAGUGACGUCACCAGGGGAACACUUGACGUGUGUGGAGUGGAUGUAAGACCGAUGACAACAACGCUUGGUUUGCCUAGAGGUACAGGAAAGAUCCAAAUGAUCAACCAGUAUCAAGUGUGCGGUUCCGCUCCAAGCAUGACUUUUUUCCUGAACGGUGAUUCGGGUUCAGCGGUGUUUAUGAGAACGCCUGGAACCAAUGUUAUGCACUUAAUCGGAAUGGCUAUAGGAUGUACGUAUGUGGGUACAAACCCAUUCCCAGCAGCAGUUGUUACACCUAUUAAUGCUAUAUUGAGGGCGCUAGGGCCACACUAUUGCAUUGCCUCGUUUCCGUGAUUAUAGUGCUACAACAGUCCUUCCUGCAAUUUGUUUUGUUAGAAAAAUAAAUCACAUUCUAAUCAAUAUUCAUUCGUUACAUUUUGUAAGUGUUUUACCGCAUACUACCAAAUUGAACAAUCUAUGUUUCCUUCGAGUUUAUGUGGAAUAUAUCAUACCACGGUUGUAAACUGUAAGUUAUUUACAGUGUAAGUUAGAAAUUACAGUCUUUGUAACUUAUCUACAGUUUAUGUAUGUAAUCUACAGUUUAUGUAUGUAAUCUACAGUUUGUGUAUGUAAUCUACAGUUUGUGUAUGUUAUCUACAGUUUGUGUAUGUAAUCUUCAUUUUGUGUAUGUAAUCUACAGUUUGUGUAUGUAAUCUACAGUUUGUGUAUGUAAUCUACAGUUGUUUAUGUAAUCUACAACUAGUGUACGUAAUCUACAACUUGUGUAUGUAAUCUACAGUUUGUGUAUGUAAUCUAAAGUUUGUGUAUGUAAUAUACAGUUUGUGUAUGUAAUCUACAGUUUGUGUAUGUAAUCUACAGUUUGUCUAUGUAAUUUACAGUUUGUCUAUGUAAUCUACAGUUUGUGUAUGUAAUCUACAGUUUGUGUAUAUAAUCUACAGUUUGUGUAUAUAAUCUACAGUUUGUGUAUGUAAUCUACAGUUUGUGUAUGUAAUCUACAGUUUGUGUACGUAAUCUACAACUUGUGUAUGUAAUCUACAGUUUAUGUAUGUAAUCUUCAGUUUGUGUAUGUAAUCUACAGUUUGUGUAUGUAAUUUACAGUUUGUGUAUAUAAUCUACAGUUUAUGUAUGUAAUCUACAGUUGUUUAUGUAAUCUACAACUAGUGUACGUAAUCUACAACUUGUGUAUAUAAUCUAAAGUUUGUGUAUGUAAUCUACAGAUUGUGUAUGUAAUCUACAGUUUGUCCAUGUAAUCUACAGUUUAUGUAUGUAAUCAACAGUUUGUGUAUGUAAUCUACAGUUUGUGUAUGUAAUCUACAGUUUGUGUAUGUAAUCUACAGUUUGUGUACGUAAUCUACAACUAGUGUACGUACUCUACAACUUGUGUAUGUAAUCUAGAGUUUGUGUAUGUAAUCUACAGUUUGUGUAUAUAAUCUACAGUUUGUGUAUGUAAUCUACACUUUGUGUACGUAAUCUACAACUUGUGUAUGUAAUCUACAGUUUAUGUAUGUAAUCUUCAGUUUGUGUAUGUAAUCUACAGUUUGUGUAUAUAAUCUAAAGUUUGUGUAUGUAAUCUACAGUUUGUGUAUGUAAUCUACAGUUUGUGUAUGUAAUCUACAGUUGUUUAUGUAAUCUACAACUAGUGUACUUAAUCUAAAACUUGUGUAUAUAAUCUAAAGUUUGUUUAUGUAAUCUACAGUUUGUGUAUGUAAUCUACAGUUUGUCUAUGUAAUCUACACUUUGUGUACGUAAUCUACAACUUGUGUAUGUAAUCUACAGUUUGUGUAUGUAAUCUACAGUUUGUGUACGUAAUCUACAACUUGUGUAUGUAAUCUACAGUUUAUGUAUGUAAUCUUCAGUUUGUGUAUGUAAUCUACAGUUUGUGUAUGUAAUUUACAGUUUGUGUAUAUAAUCUACAGUUUAUGUAUGUAAUCUACAGUUGUUUAUGUAAUCUACAACUAGUGUACGUAAUCUACAACUUGUGUAUAUAAUCUAAAGUUUGUGUAUGUAAUCUACAGAUUGUGUAUGUAAUCUACAGUUUGUCCAUGUAAUCUACAGUUUAUGUAUGUAAUCAACAGUUUGUGUAUGUAAUCUACAGUUUGUGUAUGUAAUCU